CACAGUCAACACAUGUCAUCACGACGACAAGACUUUACUCAGUCGUCAAAAUAUCCUUUAACAACUUCAAACUCUCUCUCUGAAUACUUUUUUCACAAAUAUUUUUGUUAUUUGUUUCUUUCCAUACCUGAAGUGACCUAAAAGUUAGAUAAAGAUUUGGCUUGUAAACUUCUCAUUAUUCCUUUGUUGUUGUUGAUAUCAUUAUCAGUUCAGUUCAUUGAUGUGAUGAGUUGAGCAUACGACGGACGGAUGGGAUUUAGCCACAUUCAGUCAAUUUAUUUCCAUUCGUCUUAGCAGUUGUUCAGGUUUAACUUAAUGUGCAACUGCUGCUUGCACAAUUGGAUAUUGGUGAGAAAUGAUUGUUGGUUGGUAAAUCUUAGGCGGAGGUCCACUGUAAAGGGUGCACAAAGACACUCAGGUGUUUUUUGGUCACAAUGUUGUCAUCCGUCUCUCCUGGAAGAAUCUUAUCUGGAACAUGUCCAGCAAAAGGCUGUAAUGCUGUAGUAAUUUUUUCAGAACCAGCACAAGACACUUAUUGUUGGUCUUGCAAAACACAGUAUCCUGCAUCCUCUCUGUUAAAUGCUUCUGAAAUUCGUGACAGUCGUGAAGCACUUCUAGCAUUUUUAAAAUUGUUGUCUGACAUUCCCUCAAAAAGUGAAACUCCAGUUACCAAGGUUUAUGGCCUAUCAACAUAUCAUUGCAAACUUCUAUCACCACUUCUGACCAUAUAUGGAAUAGAUAAAGCAGGGAGAGCCAAAACAAUCCAUGAGCUUAAAAAUUGUGCAACCUUUGACUGUAGCUGGCUAGGUGACCGCAGUUUUUAUAUUGAUUCUGAUCAUAUAUCAUUACCAGAAUAUGGACAAGAUGAAUCAGGAAGUGUUAGGUACCUUUCUGGAACAUUGUCUCUAUUACGUUCAUUUAACAAUGAUCGAGAUGCUUUAGUUCCUUUGCAUGUUGAUGGUGAUGGACAUUGCUUGGUUCAUGCAGUUUCACGAGCUAUUGUGGGAAGGGAAUUAUUUUGGCAUGCCCUCCGAACUGGUCUGAAACAACAUUUGACAGAAAAUUUGCCGCAAUACAAGGAGCUGCUAAAUGACUUUAUAAAUGCAUCUGAAUGGAAAGACAUUAUAGCUGAAUGUGAUCCUGAGUAUUCACCAAGUGAUAAUGAGAUUUUGGGGCUUCGGAAUGUACAUGUAUUUGGUCUUGCGAAUGUGUUGAAAAGACCUAUUCUUCUCGUAGAUUCUGUGGCAGGAAUGCAGAGCUCAGGGGACUAUUCAGCAUUAUUUCUUCCUGGUUUGAUACCUUCUGACCAAUGCAGAGAUCGUAAUGGUGAGCUGAACAAACCUAUUUGUUUAGCCUGGAGCAGCUCUGGACGCAACCAUUAUAUCCCACUUGUCGGUAUAAGAGGAUGUGACCAUCCGUUAUUUCCGCGUACACUUUUGCCGAAAGUGUGGGGAGUGUCUCAAUCAAUGAUUGAAAAUUAUAUUGAAUUCAAUGAAAAUGACUGUCUGGUUAUUGGUGGGGGUAAAACCAUGCAAGACUCAUAUUUAUCAAAACUAGCAUCUGGCAUGGAUGCACUUUUUCAUCAAAAGCAGGGAGUGGAUCCAUCUCUUGUGGCUGAUACAUAUUACUGCAAUUUCAAAAGAGGAGCUGCUUUUGAUAUGAAACCUGUUGAAGUUAUUCAUGCUACCAAAGUAGCUCUUCAGGAAAGGCGGCUUGUCCGCUGUUUACAUUGUAGCAGUGUAAACUUACUUCCAUUGAACUCUGAAUGGCUUCGUCCUCAUGGAAUUCUAUAUAAAAUCGCUAAAAUGCAGAGCGCUGGAGGAAUUUUACAGGACAACCAAGUGUAUACCUUUAGUAAUUACGGCAUCACAUGUGUUUACAAUGCUCGCAAAGAUAUGCUUGUUGUUGAGAAAUCACAGCAUCUAGACAAGUGUUCUUGGUGUGAAAGCAAUCAGUUACGUUUAGUUCAUUUUGAUGGGAAAAUAUUGUAUGAAAAUGGAGAUAAAACAACUACCCCAGUGAAUUCUCCCAGAGUACGUUGUAAAUGCGGUUUCAAACACUGGUACAAUGGUCGAGAGUAUGAUAAUCCACCUAUGAAGAUUCCAAUUUCCUUUGAGUGGAAAUCACGGAAGAUAGUUGAGGAGGUGCUUUGGUUUCAAGAUGAAUCCGAUCCAUCUCUCAAUAGUGAUCCCUAUCAAAUUGCUGCAUUCAUAAUCCAUAAACACCUUCCUGGUGAGAGAGAGACUGGCAGAGUUAGACAGAUUGUGUUAGAAUGUCUUCUUGGAAACACCAAAUAUACUGUUCCAACAUCCACACAGUCAAAACCAGAGAGUAACGGUUCAGUGGAUUUGGACCCACAUGUUGGUACAAAAGAAUCUAUCCCCGAAAGCGUAUUGCAAGGAUCACUAGUCAAGAGUCAUGGUCUAGCAGAGAGGACAGAAUCAGAACCAGCCAAAGUAUUGGAUUCUAAGGGCUUCCAUUCAAUUUCGACUCCGAAGAAACGUCAUAGUGAUACUCAUGGAGGCGCACUGCCCAAACAGCGUUCUACACCUGCCUCAUUAGCAGCAGCUGCUGCCAUUAGUCGUGCUGAAUCCAGUGGAAACCCUACUAGUAUUACAAGAAGAGAAAAAGAAACUUCUAUUGCAAGAUCAAUGCCAGAGAAGGAAGAAAGUCAAAAGAAAACAAUAAGACUAGGCCCUGGAUAUUCUGUUAUAUCUAAUGCUGAAAGUGAUGAAAUGAUUGCCAGACAAAAAUUAUUGGAAGAUGCUUUGAAAACCACUGAACUGUUAACAGACUAUUUUGCAUCAUUCACAGAUCACAAUUUAUACAACUCUCGCAGUCAAACUAAAGCAAAUACCACCAAUGCAUCUAGUGUUUCUCAAAGAGUGGAGAAAUCAAGAAAAGCGGACCCAGGCUAUGGUAGUUUAUCUAGAGUGGCAAACCUUUUAAAUGUUGGUGGUGAUCGUUCUGAUUGUGAUGAUGUUUUGACAAAUAGUGAAGAUGAGAGUGAUCUGUAAUACAUCUUUUUAUUUUAUGUUGAUCUUUUGUUGUUAAAAAAAGUUUGUCUCGUUUCAGUGGGAUGAUGUCCCACUGAUAAUAUGGAGAAAAGAACUGAAAGACCUUGAAGUUACCUUAUGGUGUUUAUCAUACUGUGGUCAUUUAAGUGGGUUAGUGUUGUUAGAUUUGUAUUUAUUUCUAAUCUUAACUAGUCAUGCUUGCUUACCCUCUUCUCUGUACUAAAGUUACUAUCUAUCUGAAGUAUUACCAUGUUGAAAUAGGCAUUAAUUUUCCAUUCAUGCCUUGGUCUCAUUUUUUAAUAUUUUGAUUUAAUCCUUCUUUUCUAAAUGUGUCAUGUAGCAUGAAAGUCAACAAAAUUUUCAGAAGAUUCAUUUUGAUGUUAUUUAGAUGUAUUGGUUUUUGAAAUAUACGGUUUGUCCUAUCAUUCAAA